AUGCGUGCUCACAGAGAUGCACUUAGGAAGAAGCUGUCCAAACUCAACAACUUGAUGAAAGCGCUCUCAGGAACCGACUGGGGAUGCUCAAAGGAGCUCCUAUUGAAAACCUUCAAUGCCAUCGUCAAACCCGUCGCCACGUAUGCUUCCCCCGCCUGGGCCCAACUCGUUAGUGACAGCAGCUGGAACAAAAUCGAGACUACCUGCUCUACGAAUCAAGACAAAAUUGGUUUAAUCAGUGCUGUUGAAAAGAAUUGGGGCUCGAAUCCGGAUAAACCGAAUCAAAAAACUCUUAAAAGAUCCACUAUAAGCGACAAUUCGUGCGAGCCGGUCGCAAAAAAACCGGAAUUUGAUUUCAAAACAUUUAUGCAGGAAAAGCUGGAAGAAGCUAAGAAAAGUAUAUCGGUUUCAGAAGACGCUUGA